UGUAUUUUUAGCCAAUACCCGCAGUUGCCAUAAUGCCCUUGGGCACCGGCAAUGAUCUCUCACGCAUUUUAGGAUGGGGUGCAGAACCACCAUCCACACUAGAUCCGGUAAAAAUCCUAAGAAGUAUUAGAAAAGCACGUUCAAUAAAUCUUGAUCGUUUUGAUUUAAAAAUCGAAAAGCUACACUAUCGUUUACCCAUACAAAGGCAACCCAUUAAAACGGUACAUGUUUACAACUACUUUAGUGUGGGCGUGGAUGCGUUAGUCACUUAUAACUUCCACAAGACCAGAGAGUCAAAGUUUUAUGUCUUAAGUAGUAGGAUAUUUAAUAAGUUAAUAUAUUUCGGUUUUGGCACUCAACAAAUAGUACAACGUGACUGUGAGGGUUUAGAGCAAAAAAUCGAUUUAUAUUUAGAUAAUGAAUUGGUUAAAUUGCCAGAAUUACAAUCGAUUGUCUUCCUAAAUAUUGAUUCAUGGGGUGCUGGUUGUAAAUUGUGUGAACUAAGUAAUGCCGAUGAUUCGGUGAAAAUAAUCAAUUCCAUUUCGGAUAGAACUAUGGAAGUGUUUGGUAUUGUCUCUUCGUUCCAUAUUGCCCAAUUGCAAAUGGGCAUUAGUAAGCCGGUAAGAAUUGGCCAAGCUAAAAAUAUAAAGCUGGUGGUUAAAACUACUUGUCCCAUGCAGGCUGAUGGUGAACCCUGGAUGCAGGCACCGGCUGAUAUGCAUUUACAAGCUAGAAGUCAAGCUCGUAUGCUGAAAUUAGAAACUUAAUACAUAUUUCGUAAACAUUUCAACGUUUAAAACGAUUUUCUUAAUAUCUUAACUUUAAGUCUAAAAACAGGUCCAUUAACUUUU